CAGCAAGACAUGACGCUGAGUUGAAGCGAUGAGUUGAUAAAUACAGCGUGUGUUGCUUAUUAAUAUUUUUAUUAGAUACAGACGAUUUGGAAUUAGUAUUUCAUAGGGAGGAGUAUGAUAUAAGUGAAUAUUACUCGUAAAUCGCAAUCAUGACGAUAAAAAAACAUCAGGAUAUGGCGUGCCUGCCAACCACUGACGCCGAUACGGAUGAACACGAGUGGCAGAAAAUGAGUUUCACGUCCAAGGUGUCGUUCAUGGCCCGGAACGUGACGGUAGAACCACUGUUGGCUCUGUUCCAACUGUCCAUGAUCAUUUCCAGCCUGACCACACAAAACCUGAACAUGCAAAAGGCUUGCCGAGUAAACCUGAGACUGGGCGAGAAGGUGUGUUUUGCCCUGGAGAACAAGAACUCCACAUUUUAUCGGGACGAAGAAUUGGCAGUGCAGCAGUUGGUGACCAAGAUGAUGCUCUGGCAAAGUCCUAUCCAGAACUUGAUGCCGUGCGUCCUGGUGAUGUUCGUCGGUUCGUGGAGCGACCGGAACCAGAAACGGAAACCGUUUAUGUUGUUUCCAAUAAUCGGCGAACUAGUGCGCAAUGUCGGACUGGUCAUCUGCGUGUACUUCUUUUACGAGUUGCCGAUGGAGGUAGCAGGUAUCGUCGAGUCGGUCCCAUCGGCCGUUACGGGUGGCUUACCGAUAUUAAUGCUGGCCGUGUUCGCCUACGUGGGGGACAUAAGCACGGUUAAAAAUAGAACUGUUCGAGUUGGCUUCGUAAGUUUAAUUUUUUCGAUCACUAUCACCAUUGGGACAGCGUUAUCCGGCAUCAUGUUUCGAGAUUACGGUUUUUACGGAGUGUAUAUUAUAUCCACUGUAUUGUAUUUGUUCAGUUUCAUAUACUGUAUAAUUGUUAUCAAAGAUAUGAAGUCCGAUGUUGUAGAAAAAUAUCAUGAGUCCAAUAUUGCCGUUGGAUACUGCAAAAAAUCAGCUUUUCUUGCGAUAGUCGAUUUCUUUGACUUAAAACACGUGAAGAAAGCGGUUCAAGUUACAUUUAAGCGAGGAGAUGACAACAACAAUAGAUCUGACAUUAUAUUGUUGUUUGUUAUCAUGGUCAUUAUAUUGGGUCCUAUGAGUGGUGAACAAAUAUUGAUGUAUUUGUUGGUACGAGUUAAAUUUAACUGGAAUGAAGUAGAUUUCAGUUUUUUCUCCACAUAUUUAUAAAUUUUAGGUAUUGCAUUCACACUGUGCAUUUUUGUUAAGCGUUUUGGUAUUGACGACAGACUGCUUGGAGCAAUUGGAUGUUUGAGCAAAGGAUUGGCUUCAUUUGUUUACGCMUUCGCCCCGACCGAAUUCUUAUUCUAUMUAGGUCCAAUCGUGGACAUUUUCCACGGUACGGCACUUGUUGCAUUUAGAUCAAUACUUUCAAAACUUGUUCCUGCAAACCAACUUGGUCAAGCGUUGGCGGUAUCUUCACUCGUCGAAACCAUAGUUCCUGCAAUAUUCAGACCACUGUACAAUGUGAUUUAUUAUAAGACAUUAGACUUUCUACCUGGUGCAUUUUACAUACUCGGAGGAGUGCUUAAUAUUUCCUCCAUUUUUAUUUUUMUGUGAGUAAAUUGUCUUUAUAGUUUAUACAUAAAUAUAUUAUGCAAUAAGAUUUAAACAAAAUUUCGYUUAUGUUUAUGAGAUAUCAAACCACUAGCUAAUACUGAACAUUCAUACAGCCAUAUUAUGUAUGUCAA